AUGUCCAAAGUUAAGCUUUUCAGGACAUGGUCAAGUCCGUAUGCUCUGAGAAUAGUUUGGGCAUUGGAGCUUAAGGGCAUAGAUUAUGAGACCAUAUUUGAGGAUCUUUCAAACAAAAGCCAGCUACUCCUCCAGUACAACCCAGUUCACAAAAAGGUUCCGGUCCUUGUGCACAAUGGAAAAGCAAUCUCAGAAUCUCUUGUAAUAAUUGAAUACAUUGAGGAUACAUGGAAAGAUACUCCUUUAUUACCUGAAGAUCCGUACGAGAAAGCCACAGCUCGCUUCUGGGAAAAAUUUAACGAUGACAAGCUUUCGCCAUCCAUAUGGCAGGUUUUUGUUACACAAGGGAAAGAGCAAGAGGAGGCCAUUCCUGCAGCUACAGAAAAUCUGAGCUUUAUAGAGGAAGACCUAAAGGGAAAGAAAUUUUUUGGCGGACAGACAAUUGGACUAAUAGAUAUUACAAUUGGUUGGAUUGCUAAUUUGAUCAGCGUUUUCAUAGAGAUUACUGGUAUAAAGUUGAUAGGUGCAGACAAAUUCCCAUUACUAUUUGGGUGGAUGCAGAACUUCUCAGAUGUUCCAGUAAUCAAAGAAAGCUGGCCACCGCAUGAUAAGCUAGUUAUAAAGUUCAGAGCCAUCCGUGAGUCAUACCUUUCAGCAGAUGUGCCUAAAUGAAACCAAUUCAUAAAGCUGAUGUUUCAGGAGUUCAAGGUUCAAAAAGCCAUGUGUAGGCAGACCAAAUAAUACAGUUCCUAUUUCAAGGCAAUCAUUGUCUGUCAUCAGCCUUCACUAAUUGAAUCAUCAAUGUGGACUGUCCUCUGUUUAUCAAUUUAUAAACUACGUAAACUAAUUUCUGUAUCCAUCAAGCUACACAACAUAUGAUGGAGCUAACUUUAUCAUGG